AUGAGUGAGGUCGAAAGUGAUAGCUAUCUCUCACUUGUAUAUGAGGACGAACUUUAUGAUAAUGAGUCCAUGGAGCUUUAUGAAUCACAAACUACCGCAGUACACUGUACAGAUGAAAUACCAUGCCAUAAGUUCGAAAGCUUACAAAGUUAUGAGUCUGAAUUUGACAUAGAGGACCUGCAAUUUGAUGAAGAAGACGAAUCGGAGGAUGAACCUUUAAGAGAACAAAGCACUCAUACGCUUGACAAGCCGUCAUUGGAUGGCAGCAACUUACCCAACUUGCGGUAUGAAAGCUUAACAACAGACGACAUAUUCCAAAGGAUGCUGCAGCGUGUAGAUCACUUACAGCCGGUUUUGUCAAUUCCAGCUGAAGAUAUCCUGCUCCUCAUGCAGCGAUUCGACUGGAGUGAGGAAAGGCUGUUGGAGGAUUGGACGGAAAAAGCAGAUGAACUUCUUAUAGGUAGUGGCCUUAAAAGAGUUCAUGAAGCUGAUAAAGAGGGUGAAAAUGGAUUGGUUCGCGGUAUAAAGCAUCGAGAAAGCUUUACAUGUCCGAUAUGUUGUGAAGAUAAAACGGAGACCUUCGUCAUGGAAUGCGGACAUGAAUAUUGCACAGAUUGUUAUAAACAUUAUAUCAAAGAUCUCUUGAACCAAGGUAACAUUAUUACAUGUAUGGGAUGCUCACUUGCAUUGAAAAACGAGGAUAUCGAUCUGAUAAUGGGUUCUGCCUCCAGUCAUAAAUUGAUGGAUUCGUCUAUCAGGAGUUUUGUCACUAAACAUAACAGAAAUUACAAAUGGUGCCCUUAUGCGGACUGUAAAUGUAUCAUCCAUUUGUUUGAUGCUUCAAGUUUAGAAGAAUACACGCGACUGCAUUGCUCCAAGUUUGUGACUUGUAAAUCCAACCAUAGUUUUUGCUUUACUUGUGGAUAUGAAAUGCAUGCCCCUGCAGACUGUAGUGUGGUGAGUGCUUGGGUAAAAAAGGCCAAAAAAGAGUCCGAGAAUCUAAAUUGGGUUCUAGCUCAUACAAAGGAAUGUCCAAAAUGCUCUGUGAAUAUUGAGAAAAAUGGAGGUUGUAACCACAUGGUUUGCUCAAGCUGUAAAUAUGAAUUCUGUUGGAUUUGUGGAGGAGAAUGGGCUCCUCAUGGUAAUAGUUACUACCAAUGCACUGUAUAUAAGAGUGAUGAUGACAAGGGCAAAUCCGACAAAGAUGAUCUAAGAAAAACAUUGAAACGGUAUACAUUUUACUAUAGAGUAUUCAAUGAGCACGAAGUGUCAGCCAAAUUAGAUUGGAAGCUGGGACAAAAUAUAGGGCAUAAAGUAAGAGCUCUUCAAGAAAGUGUAGGAGUCUCUUGGAUUGAAGGACAAUUUUUGCCGGAAAGUUUAAAAAUUUUAAAUGAGGGUAGGACCGCCUUAAAAUGGUCAUUUGCAGUUGCAUUUUAUUCUGAUCCAUCUCAUAAUUUGACAAAAAUAUUUGCUGACAAUCAAUUACUACUCUCCAAUGCGGUUGAAGAUUUGUCACAGUUGCGCCAAAUUCAAGAUCCAGAGACGAUAAUGCAAAGGAAAACAGAAUUUUAUAAUAAAGCUGGGUAUGUUGAAAACAGAACACAUGCAUUAAUGGAGUGCGGGAGAGAUCUUCUGCGAAAGGGUAUAUGCAAAACUAAAGAUUAG